GCUGGAUUUUGUAUGGAUUUUUUUCAACCUUUGGGAGGACAGACCCCAGCGUCCGCCCCUAGACCGCACUGAGCGACCGAAGCGGGUUGGGGGGGGAGACGUCGCCAGAGGCUGCCGGCAGAGAUGGCUGAGAAUUGGAAGAACUGCUUCGAAGAGGAGCUCAUCUGCCCCAUUUGCCUGCACGUCUUCGUGGAGCCGGUCCAGCUGCCCUGCAAGCACAACUUCUGCCGGGGCUGCAUCGGGGAGGCGUGGGCCAAGGAGUCGGGCUUGGUGCGUUGCCCCGAGUGCAACCAGGCCUACAACCAGAAGCCCAACCUGGAGAAGAACCUGAAGCUCACCAACAUCGUGGAGAAGUUCAACUCCCUCAACCUGGAGAAGCCCCCCUCCGUCUUGCACUGCGUCUUUUGCCGCCGGGGCCCGCCGCUGCCGGCCCAGAAGAUCUGUUUGAGGUGCGAGGCACCGUGUUGCCAGUCCCACGUCCAGACCCACCUGCAGCAGCCGUCCACGGCCCGGGGCCAUCUCCUGGUGGAGGCGGACGACGUGCGGGCCUGGAGCUGCCCCCAGCACAACGCCUACCGCCUGUACCACUGCGAGGCCGAGCAGGUGGCCGUCUGCCAGUUCUGCUGCUACUACAGCGGGGCCCACCAGGGACACUCGGUCUGCGAUGUGGAGAUCCGCCGCAAUGAGAUCAGGAAGAUGCUGAUGAAGCAGCAGGACCGCCUGGAGGAGCGGGAGCAAGACAUUGAAGAGCAGCUCUACAAGCUAGAAUCGGACAAGCGGCUGGUCGAGGAGAAGGUGAGCCAGCUGAAGGACGAGGUGCGCCUGCAGUACGAGAAGAUGCACCAGAUCUUGGACGAGGACUUGCGGAAGACCAUGGAGAUCCUGGACAAGGCCCAGGCCAAGUUCUGCAAUGAGAACGCAGCCCAGGUCCUUCACCUCAAUGAGCGCAUGCAGGAGGCCAAGAAGCUCCUCAGCUCUGUCCAGGUCAUGUUUGACAAAACCGAGGACAUCAACUUCAUGAAGAACACCAAGUCUGUGAAAAUCUUAAUGGACAGGACCCAGAACUGUACAGGUGGCAGCCUGCCCCCACCCAAGAUCGGCCACCUCAACUCCAAGCUCUUCCUGAAUGAGAUUGCCAAGAAGGAGAAGCAGCUCAGGAAGUUGCUGGAAGGUCCUCUGAGCACCCCUGUCCCCUUCCUGCAGAGCAUCCCCAUGUACCCCUGCACCGUCAGCAACUCCGGCGCGGAGAAGCGCAAGCACUCCACCGCCUUCCCCGAGGGCAGCUUCCUCGAGCCAUCGUCCGGGACUGUGGCGAGCCAGUACAUGAGCCAGGGCGCUUCGGCUGGCGAGGGGCAGUCCGCACAAGCCAUGGUGCCUUGUAGCUCCACGCAGCACAUAGUUGGACUUCCCAGCGGCCCGCAGCCGGUGCACUCGGGCUCCGUCUUCAACCCAUCUCACUACCCCAACACCACGUCAUCUCAGCAGUCCGUGCUCUCCCAGUACGGCGGGCGCAAAAUCCUCGUCUGCUCCGUGGAUAACUGUUACUGUUCCUCCGUGUCCAACCACAGCGGGCACCAGCCCUAUCCGCGGUCGGGGCACUUCCCCUGGACGGUCUCCUCGCAGGAGUACUCCCACCCGCUGCCGCCUGCCCCCGCCGUCCCCCAGUCGCUCCCGGGACUUGCCGUGAGGGAAUGGAUUGACGCAUCCCAGCAGCACGGGCGGCAGGAUUUCUAUAGGGUCUACGGCCAGCCGUCGGCGAAACACUACGUCACCAGUUAACCGUCACACUCUCCGGAGAGUCCCGUUCGAUGACGCGUUCGGAGAGAAAAGUCUGGUUUGGUUUGGCUUUUCUUUUUUUUUUUCCUUUUAAAUCAAACCCAAUUUUUUCCCCGCCUCACGCCCCUCCAGGAUUUUGGGGAGGGUUGUUCUCUCAUCUCUCUCUUUUUUUUUUUUUAAAUCCUUUUAAAACGAAAUAAUAAUGUUUUUUUUCCUUUUAAUUCCUUUUUUUUAAUUUAAUUUUGGAAAGUCCUUCCUGCCCCUCGCUGGGAAAAGACGAGGGGGAAAUUACCGAGAAGAAAUCGAUGGGGAUUUCAGUCGGGCGUCUGGGUCUGUGCGUCGCACUCUUCCUCGCUCCUCUCUGCCUUUGGAAAACUUCAGAAGGGACAAUGGCACCUUCUCUCUUUCCAUUUCUCCGAGUUCAUUUUUUCUGGUUUGGUUCAGUUUUUCCCCUUUCCCCACCCUUCUCUUUAAAAUCUAUCAUUGAUUCAGUAUGAAACGAUACUUGUAGAUUUUGGGUUUGUUACCCUUUUUUUUUUUUAAAGGCUGAUUUUUUUUUUUUUGCGUUACGAGGCCACUUCUCAUGCAUAUUGGCAUUUUUUUUCCUUCUUCUUUCAGAGAUUUGUAAAUACACAAUGGCAGGAAAUUUAAUGCACAAAAAAAAAAGGGAAAAGAAACUUUAAAAAAAAAAACACGAAUAAAUAAAUAAAAAGAAAAUCUGUUUUAGUUUUCAGGAGGGGAAGCGUGGCCGAAAUGCACCCCCCUCCUGCGUAUCGCUGAUGCAACUUCCUGUAACAAGCACUUUGUAUAAAAAAAAAGUGGACUUCCUGCUAUAAGGCACAGGUAUUUAUUCUGUAACCGAUUUUAGAACACACACACACAAAAAAAAAAAUAUUCAAAUAAAUGUGAUCACUUAGUGCAAA